AGAGAAAAAUGCAUUUGAGAAAUGGAUUCAUGUCCCUUAUUUAAAAAACAAAUAACCUAGACUGGGAUCUAAAAGUGUUUUCCAGUGCAAGAGUAUCUAUUGGAGAGAAACCCAGAGUGGCAGCUGCUUCUGAACGGGGAAGAGACAGCAGAGAGUUGGCAGGAGGGAGGGCUUUUAUAGGGUUUUUGGAGCGCGCGCGCGUGCGCGCGCGCGCACACACACACACACACACACACACACACACACACGGUGAGCUAGUGGAAAACUACAACGCAGCCGGAAGUAUCGAUUGGCUGCCAGCUUUAAAACAUUGUUUGACCUGCGAGUCACCGGGGAUUUUCAAGUCUUGGGGCUAGGAGACAGGACAGGGGCAAGGUGUUCUUUCCUUGGCCCUGGUUCCAGGAAUGGGGUUCAAGUCAGGGAUAGGGUGUUCUUUUCGUGGUUCUUUUUUCCUACAGAGUUGUGAUUCUGGAGUAUUUGUUUAUUAUAUUCAAGGCCCUGAGUUCAAUCCUCACCACUAUCAAAAAUCAAUAAUUUGCCAGUCAGUGGUGGCGCAUGCCUUUAGUCCCAGCACUCAGAACAGAGACGGGCGGAUCUCUGUGAGUUCGAGGCCAACUUGGUCUACAGAGUGAGUUCCAGGAUAGACUCCAAAGCUACGCAGAGAAAUCCUGUCUCGAAAAAAUAAAAACAAACAAACAAAAAAAUUAAUAAUUUACCAGACAACCUAUAUAAAUAGGACUCUUCUAGGAAUCCAUUUCGUUUUUUUACAGCCAGCAAAAACCAUAAAAUGUUAGGGCUGGGCGUGGUGGUACAAGCCUGUAAACCCCAGCACCGGGAAGUGGAGGUCCGAGGAUGAGAUCACACACAAUUAAAGAUUUAAAAAAUUAAAAAUGAGGACUUGACCACAAGAAGGCGUGUCUUCGCAGAGGGCGCCCCCGAGAAAGGACUACGAUUCCCAUAAGACUCUGCGCCGAGCGUGCUCGGUCUCCCGACAGGCCCCGCGCGCCUCACCCGCCAGGUUUUGCUUAAGCCCGGGAGCGUCCUGGAUGGAGAGUCCAGAGGAAACGGCGGGCGGUAAACAGCGCGUCCACUUGCGCCCUGGCUCGCUGCAUGACGCCGAGCCGGCUACGCUGCACCUCCUGCCCUGCGAGGUUCUGGUGAGCCGGCCCGCUCCGGUGGAACGCUUCUUCACGCCCGCGGUGCGCCGCGGUGCAGACGGGCUGCAGGUGUCGUUUCGGGGUCGCAGCCUGCGGGGCGAGGAGGUAGCUGUGCCGCCCGGUUUUUCGGGAUUCGUGAUGGUGACGGAGGAGAUGGGAGAGGGGCUGAUAGAGAAGCUGAACUUCUCGGGGGACGCGGAAGACAAAACGGACGAGGCACAGGAACCACUGGAGCGCGAUUUCGACCGCUUUAUCGGAGCCACCGGCAGCUUUAGCCACUUCACCCUGUGGGGUCUUGAAACGGUCCCUGGCCCGGAUGCCAAAGUGCACAGGGCCCUAGGUUGGCCCAGCCUCGCUGCAGCGAUUCACGAACAGGUGCCUGAGGACUGAGAGCCAGAGCAUGAAAAUGAAAGUCACAGAUCCCUUCACACCAGUAAACCAGCAAUAAAUUCACUUUGGAGCCACUGUUCUAAUCCCAAUAAAUGAGCUCUUCACAACA